GCCUGCCUGCCGCAUUGAAUUUUGAAUUUUUUGGCCUGAGAAACUAUUGAUUAACUUUUUUUGGCCUCUCUGAGUUAGUACGAAGUCCCAUUUCAUAAAAGUUACUUAUUACUGUGUCCUACUUUCACAUGGUACAAUUUUGUUUGUUUAUUUGUUGUUAACUGCACCUCCUUAGAAUGCUCGUGAGGAUGAAAUGGAGGAAAACUUGACACAAGUCAGUGGCAUGCUGGGUAAUCUACGAAACAUGGCUAUUGACAUGGGCAGUGAGAUAGAAUCCCAAAACAGGCAAAUUGACCGCAUUAACAUUAAGAGUAGUGGAUACAUCAGGGAAAGACAAGAAAUGAAAGACAAACCUGUUCCUGCACCACCACAGCAUGUACAUGUACUAUCCUUUUCUAAAGAAUCCGCGCCUUUUGGAAAUCAAUUAGAACAACAAAGUGGGAUAGGCUUUGGGUCACUUCCACCAUCAGUUAGAGCUCCGCCUCCACCAUCAGCAAGCAGUCUAUUUGGAAGUACGCAAUAUUUUGGGUCUUCUGCUGCCUUUGGGGCACCCGUACCAUCCAUUGUAAACUCUGCAAAUCAAUCCGCAUUAGAUUCUGGAAAAAAUGAAACUUCUGGGUUUAGUUUUGGACAACCAUUUGGGGGACCGACACAACAAAUGUCUUUAAACAGUGUAUUUGGAGGUCCAGUCAAUCAACCCCAAGUGCCACAACAACAAAUGUUUGGAGGAUUUGGAGGUGGAUUGCAAGCUUUGGGAGCAUCUCCUGCUGCAGUAUUUCAACCACGACCAUCAAAGAAAACACACGGAAAUGUUGUUCCUCCAUCCCCUCCUACAUCAAGUAAACCGAUUUUGCGGCCAUCAAAACUUGGAGCAAGUUUGGGUACCCCACCACCUCCACCUGCUAUGGCAGCACCACCUGCAGGGGCUCCCACUCCAUGCCCUAUGGCAGCACGAUCUGCAGGGAAACCACCACCACCCCCUAUGGCAGCACGAUCUGCAGGGAAACCACCACCACCCCGUCCAACCUCUAUGGCAGCACCAUCUGCAGGGCCACUACCACCACCCCCUCCACCCCAUGUGGCAGCACCAUCAGAAGGGAGACCACCACCGCCACCCCCUCUGGCCCAGCAGGUGUCAUGGAGAACUAUGGGUGUGAAAUCAAAUUUAGAGAGAGAAAGCAAAGAACAAAAAAUGGAAGUGACAUUAGAUUUGCCAAAAGAAAAACUGCGUCAGAGCUUUUUAAGAGGUCCGGAGAGAAAAGAACAGGAAAAAUUGCAACUGAGAACAUGUAGUUAUAAACUUAAGAAAAAAAAGCAGACAAAAGAGAUUAUCAGCUCAUUCAGAGAAGCUGACAUGUUACUGGAGGAAUCUCCACAAGAAGAGCUGCUGAUGAGGCCUAGUGAAAAGUUUUUCUCCAGAGAGCCUAUGGCAAUGAAGGAGUGUCAUUCGCUAUUGCUGUUGGAUGUUACACCACUUUCUAUAGGGGUAGAGGACGCAGAGGGAAAUUUCUGUGUCAUUGUCGCCAGAAACACCACAAUUCCUUGUCGGAAAGAACAGGUUUAAUUCUUGAAAUAUCUACAUGAAGA